CAAAAAGAAAGAGAAAGGAGUUGCUGUUGGCUAUUUGUCUUUAAGACACCUGGCUGGCUGCUGUUGGGACUGUUUUUUGGAGCGGAGGCGGUGAAAGUCGUUUGGAUCUCCAGGAGUGUGGAAAUCGCCAAGGACUUCGUGGCGCCUUGUGCUGUGAACGAAAGGUUGCCCCAGACCAUGAACUACAUCCCUACCAGUAAUUCCCCGGGAAACCCAGUCCUACCUGCACAUCUCGCCUUCUGCUUCCCUCUUCUCUACUUGGAAUAGCAUCCUUCAGACUGGACUUCAAGAGAUUGUGCCUCAGUUCACUGAGGAAGUUGAUCCUUUCAGCUUUGGGAUUCUUCUCAGGAGCUAUCUAGAUUAGUGAGAGGAAAUGAGUGGUGGAUUAGCACCAAGUAAAAGCACCGUGUAUGUAUCCAACUUGCCUUUUUCUCUGACAAACAAUGACUUAUACAGGAUAUUUUCCAAAUAUGGAAAAGUUGUAAAGGUUACUAUUAUGAAAGAUAAGGAUACCAGGAAGAGUAAAGGUGUUGCAUUUAUUUUGUUUUUGGAUAAAGAAUCGGCACAAAAUUGUUCGAGGGCACUAAACAAUAAGCAGUUAUUUGGGAGAGUGAUAAAAGCAAGCAUUGCUAUUGACAAUGGAAGAGCUGCUGAGUUCAUCCGAAGGCGCAACUACUUUGAUAAAUCUCGGUGUUAUGAAUGUGGAGAAACAGGUCACCUAAGUUAUGCUUGCCCUAAAAAUGUGCUUGGAGAACGUGAACCACCAAAAAAGAAAGAAAAGAAAAAAAGAAAGAAAAUUAUUGAAUUGGAAGAAGAAAUUGAAGAAGCGGAAGAAAGUGAAGAUGAAGGAGAAGACCCUGCUCUUGAUAGCCUCAGCCAAGCCAUAGCUUUCCAGCAAGCCAAAAUUGAAGAAGACCAACAAAGAUGGAAGCCCAGUGCAGGGGAACCUUCAACAUCAGAUGAUUCAAGACGCCCAAGGAUAAAGAAAAGUGCAUAUUUCAGUGAUGAGGAAGAACUUAGUGAUUGAAAUUGAUGUAUUAUGUAUACACCACUAAAAUACAAAAAUUUUAAAGCACAGUUAAAUGGUGUUAAAAUUACCAUUGGAAUUUUGAAUAUAAGGAAACAUGUAACUAAUAUUUUAUACCUUAUAACUACAAUUACAAAGUUUACUUUCAUAGGAAACCAAAAAAUUAUUUAGAAGUAUCAUGUUUCUAAAUUUAUUUUAGUAGAGCAAUAAAAAUCCAAUUUUGCUUCUAAAACUGUUACUCUUCUAAAAGCAUAUGUAAAUGCAGCCUAACCAGUUGCAUUCAGUAAUAAGAAAACUAAUUACUAAAUAUUGUCACGAUGCCAUUAUAGACUUGCUUUAAAGAAGUUAAGUAUUUUUAAGAAGCUACUAAAAAUUUAAAGCUUUCUUCAUGUUUCACAUGUCAACUUGAGCAUUUUUCAAAUCUAAUUUUAAACAAAAGCUUCCUAAAAAUUAAAGAAAGUCAGUGACUUAAUUGUAUUUAGAAAUGUUCUUUACUAAUGUUCCCAAAAGAAUUUUUUUAAAGAUGAAUGGCAGAAGUUGGGGGGAGGGGAAGAAUUUAUUAUGUAUUCUACUUAAUAUAAAACAUAAAUAAAUUACAUAAAUAAAUACCUGA